GAGUAAACAACAUCAGCUGACAAUGGCAGAAGUCGACGUCUUUCCCUUUUAAUUGUCGUUUAAUUGCAGCUGAAGAGAGUAAAACGAUUAAAAAUCAGAUAGAUAAACAUGGGUAACCAGCUUGCAGGCAUUGCUCCAUCGCAGAUAUUCCCUGUGGAAACUUACCUGUCUGAUUUGCCAGAUGUUACAUACGAAACUAGCUUAGGCAGCACUCGCUUUUUCAAAGUUGCAACAUGUCAGACCUGGGAAGGCUUGGUAGUUGUGAAAGUAUUUGUGAUUCACGACAAUUCAUUGCAACUGAACAAGUACAAGAAACUGGUCGAAGAAGUGUCAACCAAGUUAAUAACUGCAGCAAAUUGUCUUCAGUUUCAUUAUGUGAGGGUGACAGAGAAAGCAGCAUUCAUGAUUAGACAGUAUGUGAAGAGCAACCUGUAUGACAGAAUAUCAACACGUCCUUUCUUGACUCCAAUAGAGAAGAAAUGGUUAGCAUUCCAGCUCCUGUGUGCACUAAACCAAGUCCAUCAACAAGAAGUGUGCCACGGAGACAUUAAGCUAGAGAAUGUCAUGGUGUCCUCGUGGAAUUGGCUGUUACUUGCCGAUUUUGCCACAGUGAAGCCCACCUUGCUCCCCGAGGACGACCCAGCCAACUACACCUACUUCUUUGAUACUUCACGUAGAAGAAUUUGUUACAUUGCACCUGAGAGGUUUAUUAAGACUGUACAAAGAGAUGCACAGCAGUUACUUCUAAUGCCGGUAAAGGAUACAGGAACUCUCACGCCAGCCAUGGAUGUAUUUUCAGUUGGAUGUUGCCUGGCAGAGCUCUUCACCGAGGGCUGUGCACCCUUUGAUUUAACUCAGCUCCUGGCAUACCGUGUGGGAGACUAUUAUCCUACCAAAGUCCUGGAUAAGAUUGAUGAUCCUAGAGUUAGGUCACUGGUGGAGCACAUGAUCCAGAAAGAUCCGGAGAGCAGGCACACUGUCGCCGAGUACCUGGAGCAGGAGCGAGGGACGACGUUCCCACAGCACUUCUACACAUUCCUCUGGCCCUUCCUCAAGCAGUUUGCUGUCACUCCCAUAAUGCCGGAUGAUGACAGAAUCAAGCAAAUAAAGAAUAGUAUGAGUGAUAUCCUGAUAGCAUUAGGAGCUGAAGACGAGAAUGACAAGGAAGUGGACAAAGAAGACGACGCAGAGAAGAAAGACAAAGAGAAACCAGAGAGGAAAUGUGAAGCUCUCAUCAUCAUAGCAUCACUGAUCACCUCGUCAAUUAGGGCCCUUCAUUUUAUAUCUUCCAAGUUGGAUGCCCUGGAGUUGCUAGGGAAAGUGUCACAUUAUGUUCCCGAUGAAAUCAUUCUGGAUCGUAUUUUGCCUUAUACUUUCCAUCUUCUGCAUGAUAGUGAGCCAAGAGUGCGUGUUUUUGCCCUCCACACCGUCACGCAUUGCCUCACCCUCGUCUCAUCAAUCCCAAGAUCAGAUGUCAACAUAUUCCCCGAAUACAUCUUGCCAAACCUGGCUGAUAUUACGCAAGACGAGGCUGUAAUUGUGAGACAAGCCUAUGCAGAAAAUAUAGCUACUAUCGCUGAGACUGCAUUAAGGUUUCUUGAGUACAGCCAACUCCAAGGGAUGAUGACAUCCUACAGUUAUGAAACAGAAUUGGCAACUUUGCAAGAAGUUAUUCAACAUAAAGUAGCAACCAUGUUCUCCGAUCCGUCUAAUGUGGUGAAGCGGACAUUGAUGGAGAAAACAGUUACCAAAUUGUGUGUGUUUUUUGGAAAGCAAAAAGCAAAUGACGUUCUGCUGUCCCACAUGAUCACCUUCCUGAACGACAAGCAUGACCGCCACCUACGCAUGUCCUUCUUCACGAGCAUUGUGGGCGUUGCUGCGUACAUCGGAUGUCAUUGCGCUGACAUUCUCAAACCACUUCUCCUUCAGGGACUGAGCGAUGCAGAGGAGUCCGUGGUGGUAGCAGCCAUUGAGGCUAUGACAGCACUGACAGAACUAGGUCUCUUCCCGACUUAUCUGCAGUGCGACCUCUUGGCUCAUACGGCACCUUUGCUCAUCCACCCCAAUCUCUGGAUAAGACAGGCUGUGGUGGCAUUAGUUGGCGUGGUUGCCAGAUUGCUGCCUCUGGUCGAUGUACAGACAGUGGUGGUUGCAAGAGUCCAGCCUUUCCUGGUUCGGCCUCUUCUGCAAAUGCACAGAGAAGUAUGUAUCCUCUCCUGCCUGCGUCCACCAAUAUCCCGCGAGGUGUAUGAUGCCUUGGUUCGCAGCGCCGACGUGGGCCAGGUCCUCUCGCUCCUUCAGGAAGCUCAGCAGCAGAAGGUUCCUUUAGCCCAGCUUCCAACUAAUCUCUCGCAUCUUGAUCAUCCGACCAGGAAUCUGUUGCGUCGACUGGUUGGUGGAGGUUUGGUGGAGGAGAAUGUAGAGCAACUUCUCCUGAUGCGCAAUCACCUCACAAGACUACAGAGACAGAAGAAAGCAACAGAGGCAACAAGAAGUAGCUUGCAGCAGCAACAGGUCCCUGGAUUGAUAAACUUGGAGGAUUUGAAGAAGCAGCCUCCAACCCAUCACUGUAGUCUGUUACCUGAAGACGGCUCGGUAGAUAUCUCAACACUCAGUCUAUCCCAGAAGGGAAUGAUUCAGUCCCCAAGUAUGACUAUGAACGAAGAAUGGCAAGCAAUGUUCGGCAUGGCGGAGGAUCGGGUGUCACCCAACAGAACAGCUGAUAAUAGGUCAGUAUCGCCCACGGAACCUGACCCAAGUGCCCAUACCUCCUCUGCUCCAGCCACUAAACUGCCCCCAUCAGACGGAGGAGAAAAGGGUGUUAUCAAAUGCGUAUCCAGUUGCAAGUCAGAGCUAGAGAGCCUCAUUGCAACCAAACGUGAGGAGCACCUUGUGUGUGUUAAGAAGAAGCGUGCAUUGGACACCCUUGCUUGGGAUACACGUUUGCCUCCUCCCGGGUGGCGACCGAGGGGGCACUUGGUUGCACACUUGCAUGAGCAUCGGGGAGCAGUAAACAGACUUGUUCCUGUGGGAGACACUUCAAUAUAUGUCAGCUGCUCUAAUGACGGGACUGUCAAAGUUUGGGAUUGUAAUCGCAUUGAGAGGAAAUUCCCCAUUAAUAGGUCAAAGGCCACAUAUAACCGGCAGGGUGGAGUUAUUACCUCCAUUGCUCCUUGUAUUACUCACCAAAGUCUUGCCUCAGCUUCCAGUAAUGGAUCAAUACACGUUAUCAAGCUUGAUAAGAUGAGUCUUGUGAGUAGCAGACAGUUGAACACAGAAGAAGACGGAUAUGUGGUGGAUAUGAAUUACUUUGAUACAGGUUGUCAGUCUGUGUUGACUUAUGCCACAGUCUACGGGUCCAUUGUGGGCUGGGAUCUCCGAGCUCCUGGCACAGCUUGGAAGUUGGAGAAUGGGCCGAGGAAAGGUGUUAUUACAUCGUAUGCAUUGGAGGGAACUCAGAGUUGGCUAGCUGUUGGGACAAGCAGCGGACACCAUGUGUGCUGGGAUCUGCGCUUCAUGCUGCCAAUAUCGACCAUUACUCAUCCUAGAGGAGCUGGCGUGCGUCGAGUGAGCAUGCACCCUAAGGAAGGAUCGUGGGUGGUGUCUGCUGUGAAUGGCAACAAUGAGAUAUCUAUGUGGGAUAUGGAAACACAGUCAAGACACAUGACACUUUGGGCCAGUCCGAAGCCACCGUUGUCUAUGACACAGCUAUGCAACAACAGCGUAUGUGGCAUGUAUGUCAGCCAAGGGGACAGAGGACCGUAUGUACUGGCAGGAGGAACUGACGGCAGGCUUCGCUACUGGGACCUUUGUGAGCCUGAAUCCUCAUAUAUCGUGUGCUAUGCUGCUAAUGAUGCAUAUCAGCAGUGGCCAAUAUCUUACAGUUCACGGGUUGUCGACGGAACAGAAGUCAUCGUUGAGACCCCAAACAAGCCACGCACAGCUCCCUCCAGCAGCGACGACACCCCAAAGCGCGGCCCAGACCAGCCUCCACCCGGCCACAAGGACAUCAUCACAGAUGUCAUCGUCAUGAACGAGCCUCAGCGACUAGUCAUUUCCUCAGGGAGAGAUGGAACAAUAAAGAUGUGGAAAUAAUUGGCGGUUGUGUUAAAAGUUAUGAUUAGGUACACUUUUGUUCUUUUUUUGUUUUUUUGUUUUUUUCUAAGUCAUGUGUGUAUAGUGUAUAUAUAUAUCUUUUUCUCUCUUUUGUAAUUCCUGUCUCCAUAUGUUUCUGAUUUUUUUUCAGUUGUUGAAAGAUGUAUGAGUAAGAUAUAUCAGAAUUAAGAAAUAUGUACUCAUAAUGUUUAAAGUAUAAUUUUUUCAAAGAGAGUAUCAGAUCUUCCUUAAUAUCUGUAAAUAUAGGAUUAUAUGAAGUUUAUCAUUAAAACCAACAAAUGUAAUAUAUCACUUACAAGUUAUUUGUUUUACAAUAAUAAAGGAAAAUAGGCUGCAUAAAUGUGCCUAUUUAUUUUGAGGAGUAUUUUGAAUCAUUAUAACUUCAAAAUGGUGAUCUUUUAGAUUUUUAAGCUCAUGGAUUUAAAUGUGCAAAUUUUUCCUCUAAGAAUAUUUUCCUUAUUACUAUAAGAACUGUUUACAAACAUGCAAAUAUGGGCAUUUUUGUCAGGUUUGUUAUUAAAUCAUGUCAAAAGCAAGGUUACUGACAUUAUUCUUAGAUAAAGUAUUCCAUAUGUGAAGUGUGACUUUGUUCUUUGAUUAAUAGUGUUGUUGGUGAAGUUAUCGUAUAUACAUUAUAUAUUGUUAUGUUUUAGACAUUCAUUGUUAUCAUCCUCAUCCUUUUUAUUUUUAUUUAUUAUUAUUAUUAUUAUUAUUACAAAGAUGAUCUUGUAUAUUAGUAUUAUGGAUUUUUUUUGAGUGGCAUAUAAGAAUUACUUUGUGAUUAUGUUCACACUACAAGACAGAAAUGUGUGUGUGUGUGUAUAUUGUAAAAGUGAUAUUAUAAGCACAGAUGAGUUUGUUUGUUUUUUUAACUUGGAUGAUGUAAGACUUUUAGAUCUAGCUUGAAAGUUUUGAUAAGAUUAUUUACAGGGUUACUUCUUGUUUCCAAUUUAGGUGAAUUUGUUUAUACGAGUAUUCCCAUAUUACCUGAAGCUUUGAUAGCAUAGCCAUGGGUGUGGCUGUAGGAAUGUGCAUGCUUGAGAGAGAGAGAGAGAGAGACAGACACAGACACAGAGACAGACACAGAGUGACAGAGAGACAGACAGACAGAGAGUGAGAGUGUACAUGAAUGCCCGUGUGUAUGUGUGUGUGUGUGUGUGGAUGCAUACGUGCAUGUCUGUGUGUGUGCUCACACGCAUUCCUCUGAAUAAGGAUUUGUGUGUUUGUAUGUCUGCAUUUGCAUAUCACUCAAUCACUCAAAAACAAGAGUUAAGUCUUACAAAAAGAUUGUGCUUUCUGCCUAAACCACUGCAUUUUUUCCUUCCAUUGAUUUAGCUAAUGUAAGAAAUUAUAUGCUUCUGGAUCUGCAAGAAAAAAAAUUAUUUAGAAUGCACAGAUUGAAUGCAUAAUUAUUUUCUUGGUGAUAUUUUAUUUGAAUACAUAUUAUUCACCCAUUUUGUUAUGAUUCUGGAACAAAGUUGGUCAUCAGCUGUGAUAUUUUUGGAAUUUAAAUUUAAUAAAAGUG